CAUGCUCCGAGGAGGGCUCGGAGAAGGUUCCUGGUCGCCAGUGCUGUAGUGAUGGCUUCCUGUGAAGUCGGUCUCCGCUGUCGAGAUCCGCUGAAUUGAUCUGCGGAGUCGCGAAGGGCCUACCUUGACCGAAAGACGUAACAUUAGAAACUACGGGCAGUGUUUGAAGAUGGCGCAGAACUCUGUGUCCCUGUCCGCCGGCGAUCGAAGGAGCCGGGUGGCUUACCUCAGCUCUUCCCACGGUGACCUCAGCUCAUCGGCUUUAGCGUUGGCGAUGGUCUCCGGAGACAGCUUCCUCGUUACCAGGCCCGAGGCGAUUCUUCCAGAAUCUGUUCCUCCAUCCUCUGUGCGGCUGAACUUCCGGACCGAGAGCCGUCGGGCGCCUGGUGGCGGCCGAAGCCCGACCCGGUUUAAUGAGGGAAGGGAACUGGAGGCGCGGAGCCGAAGCCGACAGGCCAGAUUCUCACCUUACCCGGGCCCUGCGGUGAAACUCGACCUUCUAAGAAGUGUCCUGCAACAGCGUCUGGUGGCACUUGGAGGAGUUAUCGUAGCCCGUCUUUCGGCUUAAAACCAAUACCUUCCUCGGCCCUUCAAUUAGCGUGUAAACAAGCCCUCUCUCUAAAAUACUUCAUUGGUGCAACCGAAGUCUUCUUUUUAGAGGGGCGUCUUUUCUCUAACCUAGCGCAGAAGAAAAUGUUUGCAGUUACUUGAGUCACACGGUUUUAAAUAGCCAUGAUGAUUAGGUUGGAAGGGAGGAGGAGCAGAGAUUCUAUUGAGGUGGUCACAAAGCUGAGCUGAUUGGAUCAUCCUUCCCAGAGGUCAAUACUCCCUUUAUCCUCCCAACAAAGAAUCACAUUUUUCUCGCUUUCCACAAGUCUUACGGACCUCCCUGGCAUAUUCUCCUACUUUGAGACUUGUAAUUCCGAGCUUCCUUAACUGCCUACCUUUCCACCUCUGGCUAAUAUUACCUUUACUUCUGUUGGUUUAUUACUCUGGCAUGUCCUCCCACCUAUGGUCCUACACUUAAUCCUAUCAUUUUGUCCCUUACACUUCUUCCAUCCCCAUCCUCCAUCCUUUCUUAAGGAAUGUCUAUAGACUUCAGUCUCUACUACACUAAAGCAACAAAAGCAAAACCUAAACCUUGCUGCUCCUUUAAAUUGUUAAACGGAUUUACAUUUCUUUAUGUGCCAAAGGUUCCAAAUUAAUUUUUACACUGUCAUUUUAUUACUCGCAGUCAAUCCCAGCUUCCUUAAUCUGAAUCUUGUCCCCAAAUAGGCAAAAAUUGGAAACCUUCAUCUUACAGUCUACUACUGUUAGGAAGCUGAUCAUGUAUUCACUCCAGCAUCUUCCUUAAACUUUCCUGUUUGUCUUUUCCCGUUCAAACAUUAAAUUAUAUUUGAAGAUCUUCCCAGUGCUAAGCACUUUAGAUGAACUUUUCCUAGUCCUGCUAACAAGGAGAUCAAGCAUACUUUGGAUUUAGUGGCUAACAAAUCACCAGGCUGGAUUGUCCAUUAGGUCAAGUGAUGAAAAUAACCCUGGUUGCCAUGGCUUUCCAUAAUAUUGCACUAUCCUGGUUCUUCUCUUAACCUGGCUGACUACUCUUUGAAAGUGUUGCUCAGCCACCUUGACUUUUUUCGACCCCUUGGACUGUGUAACCUGCUGGGCUCCUCUGUCCAUGGAAUUCUGCAGGCAGGAAUACUGGAGUGGGUAGCCAUUCCCUUCAGGGGAUUUUCCUGACCCAGGAAUUGACCUGGGUCUCCUGAAUUGUAGGUAGAUUCUUUACCAUCUGAGCCACCAGGGAAAACUACUCUUUAAUCUGCUAAUAAUUUUGUCUUAAUCAUAUAUUCCCCAAGGUUUAAAGGGUGAUAUUGGGAGAAAAUAAGUGGGUUUUGUAAGUGGCAAAUCUUAAUGUUAAGCAGGUAAGAGUUUAGCUUUUUCCCAGUGGACUCUGGUCUAUAAUUGUGUUAGAUAAAACAAAAUUACACACACACAAAACAAUUGAAUUGUGAAAACUACAUUCUAAGAAGAAUUUUGAUAAACCAAAGAGUGCCCAUAUGAGUGAUUAAUAUAGUGAGAGGUCUAGAAACCACCUCUUAAGAAAAAUGUUUGACAGGGUAAUAAUAGCUACAUUUUAUUAAGUACUGUGUGCAAGGCAAUGUGCUAGGGGCUUUUAUUGUUUAUUCAGAUAUUUAUUGAGAACUUAUUCUGUGCCUGCUACUAACUGUUUUAGGUAUAGAAUAAAGUGGUGAACAAGAUAGAUAAGGUCUCUGCUCUUAUGGAGCUUUAUAUAUGUCAUUUAAUUUUCAUAACAGCCCAUAACAAAAGUAUUAUACUUCAUUUCAUUGUUGAGUAACCAAGGCACGAAGAAUUGAAAUAAACUUUCCAAGGUCAUGCAGCUAGGUAGAACCUUGAAGCCGUUCAACACAGGUUCCUCAUUAGAAUCAUGUAACACCAAAAAGGACUUGAGUGACUAUUUUCUCAAUUCUCCCAAAGAUAGUAUCUAACUAAUGCUAUUCUAGACAGCCGAAAAGAAGUUAGUUCAUAAUAUAUGGAUUCCUUAUGGUGGCUCAGAGGUUAAAGCAUCUGCCUGCAAUGCAGGAGACCUGGGUUCAAUCCCUGGGUUGGGAAGAUCCCCUGAAGAAGGAAAUGGCAACCCACUCCAGUAUUCUUGCCUGGAGAAUCCCAUGGACGGAGGAGCCUGGUGGGCUACAGUCCACGGGGUCGCAAAGAGUUGGACACGACUGAGUGACUUCACUUCAGGCUGGAUGUGGUUGAGAAUCCCAAACCUAUAAGUGAAGAGUUUGGAGAAGAAUAGUAAAAUUAAGACUGAAGACUUACGGAAUCUGAGUUCCACGACCAGAGAUCAACCCUACACACCCUGCAGUGGGAGUGCAGAGUCUUAACCCCUGGACCACCGAGGAAGUCCCAGUGCUUCAUAAUUUUAAAUCUGAGCUGAUGAAUCUCUAAUUUCUCCUGGUUCUUAACAUUUGGAACUGUCCAAGUUACAACAUCUUCCUAGAAUCAAAAAGACUGUUAUGGAAGCAAGGACUGAUAGAAACCUCUUGAAAUGAUCUAAAGCAGGAACAACUAAGUUUCCCAAAAGUGGUCCAUGUUAUUAAAAAUCCAAAUGUUGUUAUACAAAAUGACUUUUAAGUAUCACUGCCUGUGUAGCAUGUUACCAUUCUAAAAUAGAUGAAUUUUCUAAAACAAAAAAUAGUCCCUCAGUACUCCAUUGUAAGUUUUAAAAAAGCCAUGGUAACUUCCUUUUUGUUUUUAUAGACCUUUGUUUAUUGUAUCAUACUAGGCAACUGACUAGUAUGUGUUGAAGGUAAGUUCUAUUAGCAUAUUUACUUCCUCUAUUCAUCAGCUCUAAAAGUCUUUAAAAGAAUGCUUGAUUGGGGUACAGGAAAAAGGAGGCUCUCUCAAUAGCUGGAUUUGGUGCUAAGCCUAAUUCUGAGAGGAGUAACUCAGCAGAAAGAAAAGAGUCCUAUGGGAGGGAAGAGUAGGUAGACUUUUAAUUUUGAGGCUUAGCUGUAUUUCAAACAAAAUUAUGUCUUUUAUUCCUUUGGUGAAUCUAUCCAGAUCACACUCAGGUGCAACUUUUUUCUUUGCAAUUUCCAUGAGUGUGUAUGCUAAGUCCCUUCAGUUGUGUUCAACUCUUUGUGACCCUGUGGACUGUAACCCACCAGGCUCCUCUUGUCCAUGGGAUUCUCCAAGCAAAGCACUGGAUUGGGUUGCCAUUUCCUCCUCCAGGGGAUUUUCUCAGGGAUUGAACCCAUGUUUCUUGUUUCCUGUGUUGGCAAGUGUGUUCUUUACCACUGACGCCACCUGGGAAUCCCAAUUUCCAUGAAAAGUACUCUUAUUUCCCUAGCCGACCAGUGUGUAAGUUUGAAUGCCUAUGACUCCAUACUACCUAUUUUCCUAUCUUUAUUGCCUGUGUCCAUUCAGUUGCAAAGUCCUGCUCCUUUUAUUUUCACAAUGUAUGUAUGUUGACAUUUAUAUGUAUCUCAUCACCUAUACUGUAUUUACCCGAACACCUAUCCUGUUUUGUUUGCUCUGUUUCUCUGCAUCCUAAGUGUGUAUAGCUGCAGACCAAUAAACUCAAAGCAUAUCUCUCUGAUCCCGUAGUUAAACUAUAACUUUACAGUACUGACUGUAAAUUACUCCAGUGUUAACCAUAGUAUAUCCCACAGAAUCUGUAUGAGAAAUACAAGAUGCUGUUUUGAAAAAAGACACAGUGAAAUUGACAAGUGCAUGUUUUAUCACCUUUUUAAGGAGACAUAAUGUGUAAUAACUUGUUAAAAUUUCUGGCAAUUCAUUUGCAGGAUUGUAGUUAUCUGCUUAGGGAUCAAACCCAUGCGCCCUGAAUUGGAGGCUCAGAGUCUUAACCAUUGGACCAUGAGAGAAGUCCCUCAAGCCGGCAUCUUUAUUCCACAUGAUUUCUGGUAUCUGUCUAUGUCUUUGGUGAGUGGGUGGGAGAAUGGAGGCAAACAUGCAGCUGCAGAUUCCCAGCCACUGAGGAGGAAGACUGGCUUUGUUACUAAGAAAGGGCAUUUAGGAACAUCCCCUAAUGUAUAUGGGUAGGUGCAAUUAUUAAGUGUGCUAAUAAUGUAAUGUUAAAAAAAACUUAUGGUUUACUUGGCUUUUAUUUCACUAGAAUAUCUGAAGGUAGCCCUACUUCACAAUACACUUCUGAAUCAGAGGAGAAAAAUAAUUGUCUUUACUGUCUUUCCAAUGAAUACAGUAAGCUAAAGACCUGAGAAUAGCUGAUGCAAUGAAGCUUUAAAAACUGUACGUUCUUUAAACUGACUUUUAAGACUUUCCAUAAUCUGACCAAAUUAUAUUGCCAGUCUUCUUUCUUAUUCUUAAUUCCUCCUGUUCUUAAUUUGCCUCUAUAUCUAUGCCUAUCCUAAUCCCUUUAACUAAAUUACUUGUCCUUCACAUUUUCUGCCUGUUAAGUUUAUCCAUCCAGAUUGGUUCAAGUUCUUUACUGUUGCAAAGGAACACACCCUUUUUAACCAGGUUAAGCAAAACAUGGACUGUAUUGACUCACAGAACAGGAAAAGUGUGGUAACUUCUAAUAGUCUACCUAACUAACUAUCAUUGUCUAUAGCAACACCUUGGUUCUUCCUUUCUUUGGAACCACCUCCUUCAUCCUCUGUUCACAUGUUUGCAAUAAGGCUUCACACCUAGCUCCAGGGAUAGAGGUGUAAUCUAGGUCUUAUCUCCCUUACUACAUUGUCUCAGGGCAGACCACUUGUCUAAGUUAAUCUUUAUAUAUAUAUUUGAACCUAUUAAGUGCCCCCAAAGUAGAAAUUUAACAAAUGCCUGUUAAAUGAAUGAAUGAACUUCACAGAUUGGCUAUUUCUCCAUGGACUCAAAAUCCAAAAAUGGAACACUCCAGGAAGGGAAGUGCAGGAACUGUAGUGUAAACUUAAAAACAUACACACACACACAUCAUGAGAGUUGAGAGUUAAGUUUUAUUUGGGGGUGAAAUGAGGACUGCAGCCUGGGAAACAGCACCCCAGGUAGCUCUGAGAAAGUGCUCCAAAGAAGCAGGGGGAAGGUCAGUUUAUAUGAGAUUUUGGUGUAAGGGGAGUACAUGCAAUGACGCACAUAUUUUUCCUGAAGGUUUCGUCUGCUCUCGUGAAGCUUUUGCUAGUCAUGAGAAGCAGUCACCACCAUGAAGGGUUUUAGUACUUUUCUGGAUAUGAGAAAAUAUAAGAAUUGGGCUUAUAAACUUGGAUCCUGAAAAUAUCUAACUAUCUGAAGACCUGUCCUGCCAGUCCAUGUCCUCCUGGGUAUGGAGGGUGUCAUUUCUGCUGUCCACCCUGAACGCCUUUCAGCAGCUGCAACAGCACAUGAUUUCGUCUUUCUAGAGAUCAAUGGCAAGUGCCCAUGGCAAGUGUGAAUUUGUAGUUGACAGUAGUCUCUGGUCUAGGUAUCCAGUUGCUUGAGCAAAUUAGAGUAAAAUGAUAAGACUAAGUUUUCUUCAAUUAAAAAAAAAAAAGCCAUGUCUUUGUAGCUUACUUGGUCUGUUCUUAUAAGAGUGAGAACUAUGCUCUUCACUUUCUAUAUUUUCAUUGGAGGCCAAAUGUGACUAUUAUUCUGAUUAUAUAGCAUUUAUUUUAUCAUCCUCCAAGAGCUGAGUAUUUAAAAUUUUUCAAAUUUUUCACUCUAUUAAAUAAC